CUGUCCCACAAUGGAUGGGGGCGAUGGGACUGCUGACCUUGUGAUCAACAAGCGGUUUGUGUCUGAAGCGGAGCUAGAGGAGCGGCGGAAGAGGAGGCAGGAGGAAUGGGAAAAGGUCCGAAAACCUGAAGAUCCAGUAGAAUGCCCAGAGGAGGCAUAUGACCCACGUUCGCUGUACGAAAGACUUCAGGAGCAGAGAGAAAAGAAACAGCAAGAGUUUGAGGAGCAAUUUAAAUUCAAAAAUAUGGUAAGAGGCUUAGAUGAAGAUGAAACACAUUUCCUUGAUGAGGUUUCUCGGCAGCAAGAGCUAAUAGAAAAGCAACGAAGAGAAGAGGAGCUGAAAGAACUGAAUGAAUACAGAAGCACUCUCGCCAAAGUGGGAGUCAGUGCGGACUCAAAGAAGGAAACUGAGAAGAAAUUGCCCAUGAAGUCAGUGGAAAACAAGAACAAAUUCUCUCAGGCAAAGCUGUUGGCAGGAGCUGUGAAACACAGAAGUUCGGAUGGUGGUAACAGCGUGAAGAGGCUGAAACUAGACACUGACCACGAUGAGAAGAGUCAAGAGAAACCAUCGGCUGUUGCCCUGGGGAGCAGCUCGGUGGGAGGCUCCACGAUGCACUGUCCCUCGGCAGCCGUGUGCAUAGGGAUCCUGCCCGGCCUGGGCGCCUACUCGGGAAGCAGCGAUUCCGAGUCCAGCUCGGAUAGCGAAGGCACUAUCAACUCCACCGGAAAGAUCGUCUCCUCUGUCUUUCGCAGCAACAGUUUCUUCGAUGGUCCAUAACAAAAUCCCUCCAUGUGUAAUGUAGUGCAGAGUUUCCAGCGCCCUGGUGGGUGCUUGAUGCAUCCUUCUGCCCCAAAUGUAAUUUUCCUAGCUAACAUUACAAUUUAAACCUUGCUACCCUCAGAUUGUUCUAAAAUGACCCACU